AAUAUAGAUACCCUAUGCCUAACAUAGCUUACCCCUACUCUUUACCCCUAGACCCUUAAGACAAGUAAAUAUAUAAUAUAAUGUCUGAACUUCAAUCCUCUCUGCAACUUCCUGUAUUAGACUUAACACAACCGAUUGAGUCCUCUGUUCUGUCUUCUCUCUCUAAGGCUUGUAAAGAGUGGGGAUUCUUCUAUGUCACUAAUCAUGGAAUCUCUAGAGAAAUGUUCAGCAAAACAUGUUCCUUGUCCAGAGAUGUUUUCAAAGUUCCUCUUGAAUCAAAGCUCAAGCUUGGUCCCUUUCCAUAUACUCCUCGGCACAUCGCCUCUCCUUAUUUCGAAAGCCUUGUUGUCUCUGGACCUGAUUUCUCCAGUUCUGCCAAAGCUUCUGAAGAUGUUUUGUUCCAAGAUCAUCAUACACCAGAAUUAAGAGAAACACUGCAUGAGUACGGAGCUAAAAUGGAGGAAUUGUCUAAAACACUCAUGAAGAUUCUCUUGAUGAUGACCUUAGGAGACGAAACAGGGAAGAGAUUCUACCAAACUGAGUUUAGCAACUGCCAUGGAUACUUACGUCUGGUGAACUACACACCUCCACAUGAUGUGGAGAAGCGAGAAGAGCUUGUUGAAGGUCUCGGUAUGCACACGGACAUGAGCUGCAUAACAAUAGUAUAUCAAGAUUCCGUUGGUGGACUUCAGAUGAGGUCUAAGGAAGGGAAAUGGAUCGAUAUAAAUCCGUGCGAGGAUCUUCUUGUUGUUAACAUCGGAGAUCUUAUGCAAGCAUGGAGUAAUGGACGGCUGGUAUCGUCUGAACAUCGAGUUGUAUUGAGAAAGUUGGUGAACAGAGUCUCUUUGGCGUUUUUCCUCUGUUUUGAGGAUGAGAAAGUGAUACUUGCGCCUCAAGAAAUCGUGGGUGAGGGAAACUGUAGGAGCUACAAGUCGUUUAAGUGUUCGGAGUAUCUGAAGUUCAGACAGAGUAAUGAAGUAGGGAAGUUUGAGAAGAUUGGUUACACUGUCAAAGACUUUUCUGGACUUAAGCUGGCUCAACCAGAUGAUCCUUAGAGACCACACCGGUGUUUCCGUUGAGAGAUCACUUAACCGGUUCCUGAAGGAGAAAGGUAAAAGAGCAUACGGUUAUUGUGAGUGUCAUGCAAUAUAUCAUAUAAUAACUAGUGGAAUCCAAAGCUACUUUUGGAUUUACAUCUGUGUAUAAAAAUGUUCCGAGUCUUUCUCUUACCAUCUAAAGUAAUGCUUCAGAGGUUUUUCUACAUGUUUAAUUCAAAGUGGGAGUACUUGUCAAAGCUAAAA